CUUCGCUUCCCUUUUGUUUGUCCCUGACCGUGCGCCGUCCAAGGGUCCAUUGGUUGCCAUAGAGACGGGCGAGCGCGGGGCCUGUGAUCGCUGAGCGGCGAGCAGCUGCGACCCUGGGCUUCUGGGGACUUGAGCGUCAUGUCUUUCCGCGACCUCCGCAAUUUCACAGAGAUGAUGAGAGCCCUGGGAUACCCUCGACAUAUUUCUAUGGAGAAUUUCCGAACACCCAAUUUUGGACUUGUAUCUGAAGUGCUUCUCUGGCUUGUGAAAAGAUACGAGCCCCAGACUGACAUCCCGCCUGACGUGGACACUGAACAGGACCGAGUUUUCUUCAUUAAGGCAAUUGCCCAGUUCAUGGCCACCAAGGCACAUAUAAAACUCAACACUAAGAAGCUUUAUCAAGCAGAUGGGUAUGCGGUAAAAGAGCUGCUGAAGAUCACAUCUGUCCUUUAUAAUGCUAUGAAGACCAAGGGGAUGGAGGGCUCUGAAAUAGUAGAGGAAGAUGUCAACAAAUUCAAGUUUGAUCUUGGCUCAAAGUUUGCAGAUUUGAAGGCAGCCAGGCAGCUUGCGUCUGAAAUCACCUCCAAAGGAGCAUCACUGUAUGACUUGCUCAGCAUGGAAGUAGAGUUGAGGGAAAUGAGAACAGAAGCCAUUGCCAGACCUCUGGAAAUAAAUGAGACUGAAAAAGUGAUGAGAAUUGCAAUAAAAGAGAUUUUGACACAGGUUCAGAAGACUAAAGACCUGCUCAAUAAUGUGGCCUCUGAUGAAGCUAAUUUAGAAGCCAAAAUUGAAAAGAGAAAAUUAGAACUGGAAAGAAAUCAGAAGCGACUAGAGACUCUGCAGAGUGUCAGGCCGUGUUUUAUGGAUGAGUAUGAGAAGACUGAGGAAGAAUUACAAAAGCAGUAUGACAUUUAUCUGGAGAAAUUUCAAAAUCUGACUUACCUGGAACAACAGCUUGAAGACCAUCAUAGGAUGGAGCAAGAAAGGUUUGAGGAAGCUAAAAACACUCUCUGCCUGAUACAGAACAAGCUCAAGGAGGAAGAGAAGCGCCUGCUCAAGAGUGGAAGUAACGAUGACUCGGACGUAGACAUCCAGGAGGAUGAUGAAUCCAACAGUGAGUUGGAAGAAAGGCAGCUGCCCAAGCCGCAGACAGCCAUGGAGAUGCUCAUGCAAGGAAGACCUGGCAAACGCAUUGUGGGCACGAUGCAAGGUGGAGACUCCGAUGACAGUAUGGAAGCAGCAACAGCUCUCUUAGGUAAAUGCAAGACUUCCAGCUCCAAGAAGCAGGAGGACUCGGAGGAGAGUGAAAUUGACAUGGAAGAUGAUGAUGAGGAUGACGAUUUGGAAGACGAGAGCAUUUCUCUCUCACCAACCAAGCCCAAUCGAAGGGUCCGGAAACCUGAACCCCUGGAUGAGAGUGACAAUGACUUCUGACCCUUUUGCCAAGGGACUCUGGCAGAUUAAAACCCUCAGACUUGUAGGUAAAUGGGAACUUAGAAGAUUAGGAAGGUAACGCCUGUUUUGUUCACUAAGCUGGCUGGACUCAUGAUUACUGAAGCAAUACUUAUUUCUGCUUUAGCCUCCUAUGUUUGCAUUCCAUGAAGCUUAAAUAAGAAUUGAAGCAAAUCCCUAAGAUUUUUUUUUUCCACCUUAUUUAUCUCCUAAAAGUUGAGGAAUGCAUGUGUUCUUAGUGAUUCACACCCACGGGACAAAAACUCAAGGAGAAAUAAGAGCUGGCGCCACACAAAUGUUGGCUGCUUUUGUUACUAUACAUUUUCUCUGAGAGUCCGGCAGAGUUGGGGCUGGAACUUGGCACUGGGGACUCAUGUUUGGAAUCGUAGGGGCAUCUGGCUGUUAAUCACUUGCACCGUUGAGAACAUCUCCUAUAUGUCGGCUUUUAAUUCUAGCCCUUGUUUCAUUUUGUAAUCUUAUUUUCUUUCUUCUGCAUGUUCACAAUACCAAGCAUUAAAUGUAUUUUAGUAACGAAAAUUUUCUGAAAGAAGGUUAGCUAAAGUUAAAUGAAAACUUGGUUUCUUUGAAAAUCAGGCAGUAGAGACAGGCUCCAGAUGAGGAAUCCUCCGUGUUCUCUCCGAAGCUGACAUUGCUCUGGGAGUCCAGUUCAUCUUGGAUUACAGCCACCUUCAUGUUUCCAUGGCUGGUACUAAAUCUGGAAACUCUGGUGACCUGGGCUGCCCUCUCGGAGACGCCAGACUCCCGUGGCAAUGACAGCCGGGACACUCUCCUUCCCUCCAGCCAGGGUUUCUCUAAAGGAGCUUUGUUUUGUCUAAAGUGUGGCAAGACGUAGUGCACAACACAGGGACAAAGGCAGGUUUCCUGCAGCUCGCUACCUAAGUGUUUCUGUAGGGGAAGGAGCCAAUUAAGAAAAAGUCUUGGUACAGAUUCGUGUUUCUGAUUUAAAACAACAACAACACAGGAUUGAAUUAGGUAGAGUAGUAGCACUAGAAGAAUUUUUCUGUUGUGAAAUUAGAAGUGGAGUUGGUUUUUUUCUUCUUUUUUUUUUUUUAAUAUGAAAAGUACUUAGCUGGGAGUGGUGGCAAGCGCCCUUGGGCCCAGCUACUUAGGAGUCCGAGGUGGGAGGAUCACUUGAGCCCAGGAGUUUUAAACUAGCCUGGACAACUAAGUGAGACUCCAUCUCUACAAAAAAUUAAAAAAUUAGCCAGGUGUGGAGGGGCAUGCCUGUGGUCCCAGCUAUUCAGGAGGCUGAGGCAGGAGAAGCACUAGAGACCAGGAGGUCGAGGCUGCACUGAGCCGUGAUCAUGCCACUGCACUCCAGCCUGGGUGAUAGAGUGAGAACCUUUUCUUUAAAAAAAAAGAAAAAGAAAAGCAUGCUGCUUGUAAAAAGCAUACAGUAGGUGCAGUGGCUCACACCUGUAAUCCUAGCACUUUGAGAGGCCGAAGCGGGUGGAUCAACUGAGGUCAGGGGUUUGAGACCCCAGCCUGGCCAACAUGGCGAAACCCCACCUCUACUAAAAAUACAAAAAUUAGCCCGGGCGUGGUAGCACAUGCCUGUAACCCCAGCUACUGGGGAGGCUGAGGCAGGAGAAUCGCUUGAACCUAGGAGGCAGAGGUUGCGGUGAGCCGAGAUGGCGCCACUGCAUUCCAGCCUGGGCAACAGAGUGAGACUCCAUCUCAAAAAAAAAAAAAAAAAAAAAAGCAUACAGUAAAUUAAAAAGAAAAGCACAAAACAGUUUUCACUUAUUUUACAAUUAAAAAGUCAGAAGACUUCUGAAGUUAUCUUUUCAUACAUGUAUUUAACACCAUAUUUCAUAUUAUUAAAUAGGUUUUACUUAAAAAUAUAAUUAUUUUAUUUGUACCUGUCAGAUAUAAAUACUUAUUCAGGAGUUCACAGGUUUGAAAAGAUACACAUAAAUUUUAGGAACUUUUGAGUUAUUUCUGUCAUUUUUGCUUUUUUCUCUUUUCCUAAAUUUUAUAUAUAAGAUUACCCCUUAAAAAAAAAAACGAAACAGCAUUCAGUGAAUUCACCAGUAAUUUGAAAUGCACCAUAUUGUAAAUGAUCCACUGACAGGGAAGCUAGCGUGUUGGAGCCAUGCCAGCCACCUCAGACACCAUGGCUCUAAGACGCGGAAGAGUCACUGCAUCUUCUUGGAUGUUACAGAUUUGGUUUGCCUGAAUGUGACUUGACUUCUGUUUUAAAAAAACAUACAAAUAAGAGUUCUGUUUUCCUUAUGUGAUGCUUUCCCCUAACACACUUUAACACAGAAGCCUAACCUAGCUACAAAGAGCCCAUCCACAGACAUAGGCAACAGCUCCAAAGGGUGUUUCAUCGUGUCCUGCUUCUAGAUCAUCUGUUAGUUAACUGACUUUGUGCAAAGUCUCGCCAUGUAGAGCACUGCCUUGCUUGACCAAGGAAGUUUCUGUCAACAGCAAGCUUUGUGUACUCUAUCAUUUUUAUUAAAGUAUUUCAGUCAAUAGUGACCCAUUGUAGAAUGGAUCCAGGAGUCACAUGGGCAAGUGCUUUAUGACCUGGCACCAUUUGGUUUUGGUCAGGCAGCAGAGCAGACCUCAGGACCUAAGGAGGAUGGUUGUGAUUAGGUCAGUAGAAAACUAGCAGGCCACUGUUGAUAAUUAUUUACUAUAUAAUUAGAGGACUUCCUAAAAUGCUUUAAAAAAAUGUGUAUUGAUGGAAAAUACAAAGGAAUUUUUCAAAUA